GCUGCACCUCCCCCAGCUCAGUUUACAAGUGGAGCUCGUAGAGAUCAGCUUUGUAGUGAGAGGGGUUUUUUGGCAUUCUCAGAGCUGCACUGAGGAAGAGGCUGACAGGAGCAGCCACUGGACUUGUGUGGAAGCCUGAGUGACUGGUUGAACAUUUCUGUGGACACAUGAGAGAAUGCUGUCAGGACUGGCUCUUCUGCUGCUCGUCUGCCACCACAUGCGUGUGCAGGGGAAGCCACGGUCACAGAGUCUAGGCUGCGAUGAGUAUCUUGGAUCGGGCAAGGUGAUGGACAAGUGCGGCGUGUGUGGAGGUGACAACACAACCUGCAGGCUGGUCUCUGGAGUCUUCAAACACAGUUUGUCCAAGAUUGGCUAUCACAAGAUAGUGGAGAUCCCAGAGGGAGCCACCAAGAUCAACGUCACAGAGAUGGUGAAGAGCCGGAACUACCUCGCCCUCCGAAGCCGAUCAGGGCGAUCCAUCAUUAAUGGAAACUGGGCUAUAGACCGACCAGGGAAGUACGAAGGAGGGGGGACCAUGUUCACCUACCGCCGACCCAACGAAAUCAGUAGCACAGCUGGCGAGUCCCUUCUCGCUGAAGGGCCCACAAAUGAGAUCCUGGAUGUUUAUAUGAUCUUCCAGCAAUCAAACCCUGGUGUUCAUUAUGAGUACAUUCUCCCCUCUGAGAAACCAGUUGGCCCUCAGCAACCAAACCACAGACCAGAAGGGAACACUGUGAAUGGGCAUGGUGGAUACGACCAUCCCAGCACCACUCACCAGGAAAACUUCAACCCAGCAGGUGGAGGGAGGUACCCUCCUCAUCUCCCCGACAACCAGGUACCCGCUGUACAGCCGCCCAGACGUGAGAGAGAGUACAACUGGAAGCAGAGUGGUGCCACAGAGUGCAGUGCCUCCUGUGGGAAAGGAUUCAGAUACUCCGUCUUCCAUUGUGUCCACCGGCUGAACCACGUCCAGGUAUCGGAGGCUUUGUGUGACAGCAGCAACAGGCCCAGUCAGCAGGAGGAGGCCUGCAACCUGCAGCCCUGCCCAGCAUUCUGGGAUAUUGGAGAGUGGUCAGAAUGCAGCAAGACCUGCGGCCUGGGCAUGCAGCAUCGGCAGGUCCUGUGUCGCCAGGUUUACGCCAAUCGCACCCUCAAUGUCCACACGAGCCGCUGCCGACACCUAGAGCGGCCCGAAACCGCCAGUACGUGCCAGCUGAAGAUCUGCAGUGAGUGGCAGAUCCGGUCCGAGUGGACUGCUUGCUCUGUGCCAUGUGGGCUGGGUCAGAGGUCACGAGAGGUACGCUGUGUCAGCAACGUGGGUGACUUUGUUCCUGAUGACGAGUGCAACAUGAAUCUGCGGCCUGUCGACUUAGAGAACUGUGACAUGGGGGCCUGUGCCAAGAGCUGGUUUUACACCGAGUGGGGCAAUAGGUGCUCUGCUGAAUGUGGGAUGGGUGUACGGACCAGGGGAGUCCUCUGCCUGACCAACCACAUCGGUAGCCUUCCUCUGGAGGGCUGUGGCAGCGAGCGGCCUGCGGAUUCUCAGGUCUGCAACAACGGCCCCUGUGAAGAUCGCAUAGAGUGGUUCACAGGCCCCUGGAGCCAGUGCUCUGCAGAGUGUGGUGCAGGCAGCCAGCAGAGGUCAGUGGUGUGUCUGAUGAAGUCAGAUGAAGGAUUCACUGUCAUGCCACUCUAUGAGUGUUCCUCCCUGGAGAAACCCCUCAGCCAGCAGAGCUGCAGCCUUAAGGCCUGUGGAGCAAAGUGGUACCACACCGACUGGAGUGCUUGUUCAAAAACAUGUGAGGGAGGUUUCCGCGUGCGGGAGGUGCGCUGCCUAUCUGACGACAUGCUGUCCAGCGAGCUCUGUGACGAGCUCCUGAGACCAGCAGAGAAGGAGGACUGCAACCCAGAGCCAUGCAUGCCCCACAUAGAUGAGAACUGCAGGGACAAGUACUUCAACUGCAACGUGGUGGUCCAGGCCCGCCUCUGCGUGUAUGAUUACUACAAGACGACGUGCUGUGCUUCGUGCUCACGAGUGGCCCACAGACAGUCGAUUCAUCGAGGCCGCAGCUAGUACUUUCCACCAGGGUCCCUCAGCUCCAUGUCGGGCCAGUCUCAGUACCUGCUGCAGGCACUCUGGUCCUGUGUCAGCCAGGGGAGUAGACUGAUGGGAGCUGGCCUAAAAUGGACACUUGGGUUUGUUUGCCAAGGACGGAAACUGAGGAAGGAACAUUGCUGCUGGCUAAUUUGCAGGCAGCUAUUGGGAUAAAGGCAUACCUAAGAACAGUGGAGGACAGGAAUCCAGUCACUGGAUAAACAGAGCCCUGGUGGGGUGAGAGAGCUCAGUAGCAAACUGAGGAACCUAAAAAACACUUUAAGGAUUAUAAUCACAACUUCUAAUAAUUCUUUUUUGUUUCAUGGGAAGCAGUUUGCAGCCGUCUUUUUUUGAAGUGGAUUACCUGUUAAGAGGUGAGCACUUGUAAACUGUUUAACAUUGACUACGUAUAGACUGUGUAUGCUCUAAUAUGGCUCUUUACUCUACAGUGCUCAGAUUUGUGGCAUGAAGUCAUAUGAAGUUGGUCCUGUCUCACCUGUAAUCAACUAUUUAACGCCCACUUUGUUGACCAAAGAUAUGUAACCUCAUUAAACUGCAGACAGUGACAGAUUCAUACCUUUUCCAUAUGAAACAAAUACUGUGCAUCAAACCCUCCACGGUGCUGAUGGUGUAUCUUUUACACAGAAUGGAUCCAUAAAGAACAAAUCUCAGAAUUUGAGUUCUUUGUGGCCCAAAUGAGGUCUCUCUGAUUGCCUAAGCAAUCCACAAACCACCUUUUUCCUUCCUGCCAUUAGGUGUAAAUGCAGCCUUUGUAAUAUGUUUGUAUAUAUGUAUGUAUGGCAAAGUGAAUGAUUAAGGUCUUUUUUUUUAAAGGUUCUCAGACAAUCCUCCAACUGAAGAGAAAAAAUGCCCUCUUUAUUUAUUUGUGUGGCUCCCCAAGGAGGACACUGGUUUAUCGACCAUUGGUGGCCCCUUUUUUGACUGCGGGGAUAAAACUUUUGCUGCCUCUCUCCACCAAUCACAGCCUCUGAACUGAAUGUAGGCAUUCCACAGCCUGCUGGAUGGUAGAAGCAGAUGGUCUGAAACCCUAAUGUAUCUUUGGGGCGUUAAAAACAAACUGUAUAUAUCUUUCUUUUUCUGUGGGAUAAGAUCAUUCCACAAUUGUAAAAUGCCUGAUACAUCACCAAUCAUAACUACAUAGAAUUAUCCAUAAAAUAUGAUUAAUAGUUGAGUGUAAAGAUAAAACAUGGCAGUAUUUUACAACUAUUCACUUGCUAUGGUAUAUGAGAGGAUUACAUUAAUAGUAAAUCCUUGUUUAUGAACAAUCCUAUUCUACGGUAACAUAUCUUUUUAAGUUCCAUUCAAAACCUGCACACGGUACCUCUCAAGUGUUGUAUUAUAGCUGUUUUAAGUUCCCUCCAAACACUAUAAAGUUACCUCUGUUCCAUAAGUACUGUAUAUGAAUCAGUGUUUAAGUUCUGAAUGACUCAAGUAUGAGAUUAAUCCAGUCGCUAAGGGAAACUACCAUUCUAAAUGUACCAACAUGAUGGCAUGACUGUUGAUUUUCCUAAAAACAAUCAAGAAGAGUGGAACUAAAACACCAGAAUCUUUCACUAUUCAACAUACGACUGCAACGAAUAAAACAUCUGUAUUUGCCUUAUUUUAGAUUUCGAGUGUUCAGCAGUUGAUUCUCAUGUACUAUUCUUGAAAUCCGCUGAAAUAAACAAACUUACUAAUUAUGAG